AAAAAAGAUUCCGUAUUGUGAAAUUCAAGACUAGAUGGGGUGAGGCACGACUCCCGGUGUAUCUAUCUACACUCUUAUCACCUCUUAAUUACUUAUAUACAAACCUAACAAUCCCUAAUUUCUCUAUACGCUUGAUUGUUGCUUGCUGCUUUCUAUCUUGUUAUCCAGGUCUAGUUACACACAACAUGUCGUUGGAUGUUGCCAGAGCUGAGCUUGCACUUGCUAUUGUGUAUCUCAACAAAGCUGAAGCCAGGGAUAAGAUAUGCAGGGCGAUUCAAUAUGGCUCCAAGUUUUUGAGUGCCGGACAGCCCGGCACAGCACAGAACGUGGACAAAUCAACCAGCUUGGCCCGCAAAGUCUUCCGUUUGUUCAAGUUUAUCAAUGAUCUCCAUGGCCUCAUUAGCCCACCAGCUCCCGGAACUCCACUUCCUCUCAUCUUGUUGGGAAAGUCCAAAAAUGCUCUCCUGUCCACUUUCUUGUUUCUGGAUCAAAUUGUGUGGCUGGGUAGGACAGGUGUAUACAAGAACAAAGAACGUACUGAACUGAUCGGAAGGAUAUCUCUUUUCUGUUGGUUGGGGUCUUCUGUUUGCACCACUCUGGUUGAGACUGGUGAAAUUGGAAGGCUUUCUGCAUCAAUAAAGAAGUUAGAAAAGGAACUGAAAAACACCGACAAACAUAAGAACGAGCAGUAUCAGAGCAAGGUUCAAAAAUCAAAUCAGAGAUCUCUGGCCCUUGUUAAAACCAUCCUUGAUAUUGGGGUGGCCGUUGGUUUGCUACAACUGGCUCCUAAGAAGAUCACCCCUCGUGUCACCGGAGCCCUCGGAUUUGUGACAUCGCUCAUAUCCUGCUACCAGCUGCUCCCAUCUCCGCCGAAGACAAAGACAAGCUAAAGUGAUGGUAAACAAAACCAGGAUGUCACGAAACAAUGAAGGUAUUUGAAAAGCUGUUACACGAAUUGGAGCAAUUCGCUGAGGGGUUUACUCUCAGUUCUGGUUGUGAAUUGUUUGUCUGUAAACAUUUAUACCAAUAAUAUAUAUAGCUUCCUAUAUUAUGUUGCUGUGUUGAAAACGAUAGUGUUUUACUUCAAACUAGUGCAGUUUUCUUUUACUACUACUUUCUAUUGAAACUUGGUUUUUCAGCUUCUA